CAGCCGUUUCUGGGGAAGUCAUGGUGGGGGGGCUCGUUUAUUGGACUUUCGCUUUUUCCCGGGGUUGAUCUCCUGGGAACGGCCUUUCAGGCCAGUUUGGAUGUGAUGUCUGGGAAUCUGGGCCAAACUGAAACACCUGCGAUUUAUCAUGAGAGACAGCGCCUGGAACUGUGUGCCGUCCACGCCCUCAACAAUGUCCUGCAGGAACGACUCUUUACCCAAGAGAUAGCUGAUGAAAUCUGUAAAAGACUGGCUCCUGAUACUAGGUGGAAUCCACACCGUAGCUUUCUGGGAACAGGGAACUAUGAUGUCAAUGUCAUCAUGGCAGCUCUUCAGAGUGUGGGGCUGGAAGCCGUUUGGUGGGAUAAACGAAGACCCCUCGAGCAAUUGACCCUGGCAGGGCUGGUUGGCUUCAUCGUUAAUGUCCCUUCCAAUGUGUGCCUGGGUUUCCUGUCUCUUCCUGUGAGGCGUCGCCACUGGAUUGCUGUGCGUCAGCUUGAUGGCAUCUAUUAUAAUCUUGACUCCAAACUGAAGGCACCAGCACCAAUUGGUGGUGAAGCUGACCUCAGGGUAUUUCUCCAGGAGGUGCUUUCCCAGGGCCCUUGUGAGUUGCUGUUGGUUGUGCCCCAUGAGGCAGGCGAAGCCAGGCCUUGGCUGAACACUGUGAGGUGAUCCCAGGCCUCCCAUAAGAAACUGCCUGGUCUAAAGAUCUUUUUUCUCUCUGCUGCACUCCUUUGCACCACCUGCUGCAUGUGACGAAGGGAAGAAGGCAGCACUCCAUUCCUGUGUAUACUGCCACUCUGGGUGCUGAUGAUAGAAUCCAUCUUACCUUCUCUAAGAAAUGAUCCUGACUUCCCUCUAUCUCUGCUUGCUUUUUAAAGGCUUGGCUUCUUCUGGGAUGAUAUGGAAUAAAGGACAUGGCACCUAAUGGUGAAGGGUCCCCACCAUAGCCUAUUACAUGAUACCCAGGCCUAUAUAGGAUUUUCCUUGUAGACAAGUAGAUCAAAGUUGGAAGUUAGUUUAUGCGCAGGGCUUGAUAGGAUGCCCAUUUCUUAUUUUCAUCCUCAACCUAUGAUAUAAAUGCAACAGUAGAAUGUGGGUCUCAGUAGACCCAGCAGACCUUGAUGUUGUGUUUUCAGGAUUCUUCUAUAAAAGCCAUUCCACUAAUAUAUCCAAGAGUUCUUCGGGUGAAACAAUUUGUUGACCAUGCCUUAAGGAAUUCACAUUUGAUUUUGGAAAAGGCUGUUCUGGAAAAUUGAAGAUGUCAGGAGAGUCAUUUGAAGAGCCAGUUGGGAGAAUGUGGAGAUACUUAAGAACUAUUAAAAUGUGAGAAAAGAAGGGUAACUUUAGUUUGGGAGACUAUGCAGAGAGACUUGCCUUCUAUCUCAGGUUUCCUUGUGAAACUAUUUGAAGGAAAAUGAGAAGUUUAAUAAUUCUGGGAUAGCUGUGGUUGAUGUUGAGAAGGCAGAAAUUGAGAGGGGGAGAAUAAUAUGUUGCUAGAAUCAUGGUUUAGAAGAGAGUAAUAAUUUGGCUACUACAUUGUAGCUUCUAAGGUGCUGCUUGCCUUUAAUUCCUGGCUAACAGAAAUUCAAUAGAAAUAUUUUCCCAAAAAUGAUCUCUUAAAAUAGUGGCCUUCCUGAGUCUCUGUUUCCAGCAUCCUUCCUCAUUGGAUGGUGCUGCUGGGAAUUGUAGUUCAGCACUAUCGGGAAGGUACUACGAGUACUUGUGCCUAUUGAAUUUUUAGCUACCAUAUAAUGAUUAAAGGACAAGAAUCUGGCACAGUGAAUAAAGAAGUGAUGGUCAUCUCCCAGAAAGUGAAAAUAUUUGCUUCUUUUUCUUCAUUUCUUUUAUUUCUAAAGGAAAAAAAAUCCUCCUUGUGCCAGAGAACAGAGUAUGGUGAACAGUUCAAAUAUUAAUAUGGGACAAAACAGUGGUCAGGACAUGGGAGGAUAAUGCACUACCCAGUUCAUUAUCCAGUUUUAUGUGAUUUUAUCCUUUUCUAGGCUGCAUUGCCUAUUUUGUGAUGUAGAAUAAAUAUAAAUGUUCCAAGUUUUAUGUUUUUACCAAAAGAAAAAAAAUCCUGAAAGAGUAGAAAUGAAAUGGUGCAAUACAAAUAAAUGUGUUCUUGAAUUUA